AUGACGGCCACCACAUCGAUUCGUAAAGUUCUGUUCGAAUUAUUUGGUCGACCACGACAGUUGAGAAUUCGCAGUGAAAAAACCGGAAGUCAUCCCAUUGUCAUAAUACACCGGAGAUUAAAUACAUAUUGGUAAUAUAGAUUUUCGUUAUUUUCGUUUUUUUUUUUUUAUUUAGGGUUUAUAUUUGAAUAUUUGUCGUACGUACUUGUGAUGAAAAUAAUAACAUAAUGAAAUAGUAGUAUAUUUUUCAAUAGUCUAGUAUUGUAACGCGUAUAGAGGGCCAAAGUGUAUUUUUAUAAAAGAAAAACAAGUAGGUCGUAAAUAUGUCAGAUACUACUAAUUUACUUGUUUGGUGGCGGCGUGGCGCGGUAUUUCUAUACUAUUAUAGCAAACUAUUUCAUACGACGGCGUUCAGUUUAAUCGGGAAAACUGUGAUCAGACAGUGUUCGCAUGUUAACGUUAUGAACAUUUUACGAAAUGUCACGAAUUCAAUAAAAGGUGGACUCACGGGACCGCAGAAAACGUCUGUAAACCCUUUUUCGAUUAACUAGUAGUCAAAACGUUCGACUUGUAUAUCUAUUACUUUAAAGGCAAAUGUGAAAUUGUCGAUGUUUGAUGUUAACACAAUUUAAUAUAAAAGACGAACUUAUUUUGCACAUCAAAUCGUUAUAGAAUUAUUAACAGCUAAAGUUAGAGUUUAGUGUAGAAAGGAGACAAGUCCAGAACAAUGUCCUUUCUAGCUAAAUAUCUUAAAUUACUGUUUUAUUAAUUAACAAAGCAACACUAUUAACUGAACUCCGCUCAGAAUCGUGUUUUCGUUUGCAAUUGUCUAUCCUGCUUUAAGACAUACAUUAAAUUUCCCCUUUACUAACCUCUCAACCUUCUACAACAGUGGAUGCACCCAUGUACAAUGUUGCCCAUUUUUUUAAAAAUGCGUAUGAUAAUGCCAUUUAUUUACUUAUACGCCCAAUUUCUUCUGUCUUAUCUAGACAGUUUAUUUUAUGCUUUCUGUAAAAUUAAGUUUUCAAGCCAUAUCCCCUUUCUGCAAUUAGUUAUUUAUGCCUCAUUCAACCUCUUAAAAAGCUACUAACUCUGUUUUAACUUUACGUUGUAAAACUAAGUAUCAAUAAUAAGUAAUAAAGGAAUAAAGAAGUCAUAAAACAAUAGGUGAUAAUAAUUAUUAUACUAGUUUAACAAAAACUGGAUAAAAAAAAUUAAGACCGCCUCCCCCGAUAUUGUUUCUGGUUACGGUACUGUCUCUACGUACUGGGCCAGACUAAAUAUUUAUAUUUGUCGUAUUCGCGAAGAAAAAAAAGACAUUUGCUAUACAUAUUUAUACGGUCUUUUAUCUCUAUACGAACAGCGUUGAUGGCUAUAAUUUAAUAUCGGGACAACCUCGUUUAAAUCACCCGUUUAAAUGUGUAUAUGUAUAUUAUAUAAACACGGGAACUUGACCACGCCCUCGGCUCUACGAUAAUAAUAAUUGUCAAUGGCCAUGUCAACGCACCCAAAUCGCAUUGCGAAAUUACAGAACUCGUUACCCGCCUGUGCCGUAAAGUAAUAAUAAUGGUAAAUGCGUAAUUACGACGCAAAGCCGGAAUACAAUGCGCAUUUAGAAACCCUAAACCGCCCGCGUAUAUCGCCGGCCCUUGUGCGCGCCGACCGACUCCGCGUCGCCGUCGUCGUAUUAUUGGAUUUUCCGGAAAAUGCUAAAAGCCGUGCGCGUGCACGUAGUGAAAACCGUCAACACGAAUAAGUGUCCCGUUGCAGGCACUCUCGAGAGGCCCGUCGUACAGGAAAAAAAAACCGAGGGGAUAAUAAUAUUGUGUGAGUAUAUAUAUAAAUAUAUAUGUAGAAAGAAAUAUCGUACGUGUUCGCCAUACGUCAAUAUUUAUCAUUACCGAAUCGACGACAUAUACCUACCUACUACCUAACCUAACCUACCCACUACCUGUACUACUUACCUACCAACACCAACAGUAUUAUUUCGUAUGCAAGCAAGCGACCAGCGCGAUUUUUGCCAUCCACGAAUAUUAUUGUAUCGAACGGUUUUAGAUUCAAAGCGUACCAAGGAGAAUGUAUUGAAUAUGUUUUUUUUUUUCUUGGACCUGAGAAUUGAUUUUCUACCAAAAACCGCGCUCUGGUGGUUUUUGUUUUUUUAAUAUUUGGGCAAACAGGGAAAUUCACGUAAUUUUCGAUUUUAUUUUUGCGAUUAUUGUUUUGUUAGAAGUAAUGUUCAAGACCUGAAAUAUUCACAGAAUACUCAGCCCGUUCUAAACGUUGUCUAAAUAUUCUGUCAAUUUUUGAGCUAUAAUUAUAGCCAAUUAAUAUGUUCGAGUUUUCCUUUUUCGUUUCAUUUAGUCGUGUAUAGAUAAAAUUAUUUUGACCCGAUUAGAAUGUUCGAGUGGGUUCACCGUAAGUUGUAAAUGGCGUAAAACAAAAAAAAAUUGAGUUAAAUAUAAUCAAAUUUUGUUUCACUAAAAUUGUACGAGUACACGUCCGACUUAAACAUCAUGGUCUCCCCUCCACCGUGUCCAACCUUUUACCAAACAGGAGUUACCCCGGACAUAUUAGAUAUUGCACUAAUCUCAAACUUCCAUACAAACUUAUACCACAAAGUGUUAAAUGAGCUCGACUCUGAUCAUGUCCCGGUAGUGACAACCCUAAGAAUACAAGCUGAAACUAACCCCCCCCUGUACCAAAACUAAUAAAUCAGCCAAUAAAAUGGGAAAUCUUUAAAGAAAAUAUAAAUAAAAUAUUAAAACCAAACAGAAAGUACUCAAAUACAAAUGAUAUAAACUCGGGCAUAAUACACCUUACAGAAUCCAUCAAAUCAGCGAUAGACUUAGCACUAGCCCCACCAAAUUACAAAAAAUCUCAUAAUUAUAACAUGCCAAUACCAUCCCACAUACAAAACCCAAUCAAAGAAAAACAUAAGGCACGAAGAAUCUGGCAAACACACCGGUCACCAGCAGUCAAAAAACGUUUAAAUCAACUAACAAGAAGAGUAAAAUGGGAACUGGAUAAUCUAAGAUAUAAUUCUUACAAAGCAUACGUAUCNCACUAAACAGCGUGAAACAAUUCCCCCUUUAAAAAACGGAUUAGCUAAGUACGAAACUAACAUUGAAAAAUGUGAAAUCUUUGCCCAACAUUUUGAAAGCUGUUUUACAACUGAUGAAAACCAUACAAACCAAAAUGAAGUAGUAAACCUUGAACAAAGAAACAUAGAAAAUCAACCAAUAGUCAAUCCCAUUAGCCUAUGUACCCCUAAAGAAAUACAGAUAAUAAUAAAUAAACUAGCUAAUAAAAAAAGCCCGGGACAUGAUCUAAUAACAAACAAAAUACUCUAAAAUCUCACGUCAAAAUCUUUAUCAUACAUAGCUAGCCUUAUGAACUCCUUCAUGAGACUAUGCUAUUUUCCCGACUCAUGGAAAAUUGCAAUCAUUAUCCCUAUACAUAAACCAGGAAAACAAAAUAGUUCACCCAAAAGUUACAGACCCAUAAGUCUACUCCCAACUUUCUCAAAACUUCUUGAAAGAAUUCUACUGCACAGAAUUAAACCGUUCCUAAAAAUUAUACCACUACAUCAAUUUGGUUUCAAACCAUUUCAUUCGACAACCCAUCAGUUACAACGGAUCUCUGAAAUCAUAGUAAACGGUUACGAAAAUAAAAAAUUUACCACGACGGCCUUUUUAGACAUAUCGCAGGCCUUCGAUAAGGUUUGGCACCAUGGACUUAUUUUAAAAAUAAAAACCCUAAACCUACCUUUAUACCUUAACAAUACACUCUUGUCAUUUAUAGCAAAUCGCAAAUUUCAUGUCAGAAUAGGAAAUGAUAUAUCAUAAAUACAUAAUGUUAAGGCUGAAGUUCCACAGGGAUCUGUGCUAGGACCAUCUCUAUUCAAUAUCUACUGUCAUGAUAUACCAACACCGCAACAUUGCCAUCUAGCAAUUCAAUGUUCGCAGAUGACACUGCAAUAAUAACGCAAAACCAAACUCUUGAAUCUUCAAUAAGAGACCUACAAAGCUCCCUAGAUGAGCUAUCCCUCUGGUUCUCAAAAUGGAAACUAAUACUAAACCCAACCAAAAGCGAAGCAAAAAUAUUUACACUCAGAAAAUACAUAAAUCUAACCCUACUUCAAAUUAACAAUAAAGAAAUCAACUGGAAUAACAAAGACGACACAGUAAAAUAUUUGGGCUUGCACCUUGACAAAAAACUAAGCUGGAAAAUACAUAUCAACAAAAAAUUAAACCAAGGAUACACUAGGCUACGAAUACUGUACCCCCUAUUAAAUCAUAGCUCUACCAUACAAAUGAAAUGCUCUCUACUCCUUUACACAGCAAUAAUAAGACCUUUAGUAACCUAUGCAUGCCCAGUAUGGGCAUCUGCUUCCAAAACAAAAAUUAAAAAAUUACAAACCCUCCAAAACAAAUUCCUAAGAAUAGCCCUAAAGGCCCCUUGGUUCAUGAGAAAUAAACAAUUGCACAACGAUACAGGCAUACCACACCUAUCUACCUGGAUAACACAACAAUUUAAAAAUUUCCACGAAAAACUCCACAAAGUUGACGGAGCCCGUCACUACAUUAUCGGCAAGAGAUCCACAAAUCUAAGACUCAAACCUCGGCUACCUCAGGACAUCCUACUAGAUCCCAAUGAAGACACCUCAACCUCAGACUCUGACCUAGACUAACCUAACCAAAUCUAUUAUACAUCACAUAAUUAUAUAAUAAUAAAAACAUUGUAAAAAUACUUAGUGUAUUGACACAAUUAUAUUAAUAAAUAAAAAAAAA